AUGGACGAGAACGGCAAGCCACGCCCCAUUCGAGGAUCACCCUUCCGGCCAACCCUGACCAAGAUGGCCCGGAAUCGCGCCAACGAGUACUCAGGGCCGGUGGUGACUGCUUGGCUGGGCUCCACUUUGAAGAGUCUGGACGAGUUCUACCAGACGACCAACACGGGGCAUCAAACCAAGCUGAAGGAAGGGGAUGUCAUGAACUUGAUCAAAGUCAUGAACCACAUCAAGGACAUGUACGACCAGGAGGACACACUGAUCCUGAGACAGGAUGAGGUUGUAGAGACCUUGGCCCAGUUGGAGCGCGAAGGUUUGCCCAGCGACAAGCAGCUCAAACAGCUCAAGAAGAUCGGUGCUAACUUGGUGCAGCUGAAACAGGACAUUGUGGCCAAGGAAAAGGAGAUCCAGCCCAUGGUUCAGAAGGAGAGCGAAUUCUACAAGAAGGCCAUUGGGGACUUUGAAAAUGAGCUCAAGACCUACCAGGGUGGUCUGAAGAAAGAGGCCUACUACUUCUACAAGAGUGGCUUGGAGUUGGCUCAGAAGCGGCUCUCCGAUGUCACCACCGAUCUGGACAACUUCGACAAACGCAUGGACGACCUGCUGCACAUUGCCACCAACUUUAACUACCCCGAGGAGUUGAACAACUCCAAGAAGAUCAUGCAGGCCAUGCGCGAAGAUGUGGCCAACUGCAAGGGUCUUUGGGAGUUUGAAGUGCAGCGCAUCAAGAUCACAGAAGGUUUCCUGGUGGUCCGUUGGGGCCAAGUGGUCGCUGGAGACAUGGAGGAUGAGAUCAAGGCGCUCUUCAAAAAGCUCAAAGAGGUGAAGGUGGACCGCAAGUGCGAUGCUUUCGUUGGAGUUCAGGACGUCGUCAAGAAGUGGACGGUCUUCUGCCCGUUGGUCGGCGAGCUGCGCGAUCCGGCCAUGCGCCAGCGCCACUGGGCGCAGCUGAUGGAUCAGUGCGGCAAGUCGAUCACGGUAACCCCAGACAUUCUGCUGCGGGAUAUGUGGAACUUGGAGCUGCACAAGAACCCCGACUUCGUGGAGGAUACCGCCGACCAGGCCAAGCAAGAAAUGAAGAUGGAGAACACUCUGAAAAAGUUGCAGAAGGAGUGGGCGGAAGUGGACUUCGGCUUCGAUUCCCACCGCGGAACAGAGGUCAUGUUGAUGAAGAUGGCCGAUGACAAGUUCGAGAUGCUUGAGGAGCACCAGGUCGCCGUUCAGAACAUGUUCUCCUCUCGCUUCUUAGCCACCUUCGAAGAGCAGGUCACCUCAUGGCAGAAGACCCUCGCGAACAUCUCAGAGGUCUCGACCCUGUUGUCAGAGGUGCAGCGCUCCUGGGUCUUCUUGGAGAAUCUCUUCAUUUUCAGUGAUGAGGUGAAGAAAGAGCUGCCUGAGGACGGCACAGAGAGCGACAAGUUCGUGGGCAUUGACAUGGACGUGAAGGAAAUCCUGAUGAACGGAUACCAGAUCAAGUCUGCCAAGGAGUUCUGCAACCAAGGGAACAUCUUUCAGAAGUUGGAGAAGGUCCAGGGGGCACUAGAGAUGUGUCAGAAGGCUUUGAACGACUUCAUGGACAGCAAGAAGCGGGCUUUCCCUCGUUUCUAUUUCAUGUCCUCCAAUGACUUGCUUGACGUGCUGAGUAAUGGUAACCAGCCAGCGAAGGCCCGGCUUCUGCGGGUGUCCGCGCGCAACAGUCUCAUUUGGGAUGGAUCUACUCCUGUGCCCGUGGCCCCUGCCAAGUCGCUCUCGUGGUUGCUCCCCUGCAGUGACAAGAUGGCCUUGAGGAUUGCCAAGCUGCAAGAGAAGCUCCGAAGCUCCGGCUGGAAAAUCGUGACGAGUCCAGUCCAUAUCAUCCAAAGCCUGGGGAACAAGGCGCAAUUCCCAGUCUAUGCAGCGAAGAUUGGCAUGCUGAGCUUUCUUCCUUGCCACUUCUCAUCACCUGAGAUGGCCGCUUAUCCCUGCGUCCUGAAGCCAGCGAAAGGCGAAUAUGGGAAAAACACGUACAUUUGCCACAGCAAAGAGGAAGUGUACCAAGUCUCGCCAGAGUUCUCGACCGCCAAGUGGGUUCUGCAAGAGCUAGUUCCUGGAAACGUCGAGUUCUCAGUGUCGCUUCUGGUUCUCCAUGGGAGCAUUGUUGAUGUGAUUGGCAUGAAAUACGUCUAUGACAAAUCCAUUUACAUUUGGCCGAAGGUCACCGAGUUACAUCGACACCUUUGCGAUGUGCCGGUGCAGCACACGGCUGUGAUGGCUCGCUUCUUGGCGGAGUAUGAUGGAAUCGUGAAUUUCAAUUACAAGUUUCCCAAGUUCUUCAUCGCCAUCGACAAUUAUACCUUGGAGUUUCCAGAUGGUGACGGCUGGGUGACGGCCGAUCGAUUGAAGAGUUGGCUAGAAUACGUCCCCUUCCCCGAGCCUUUGCCGCUCUUGGGCAAGGUGGAAUCCUAUCUGGACAAAUGCAUCGAGUGGUUCCAGAAGGCCCUGAAGUUCUUCGCCAAGCAGGACAAGGAGAAGUACUUCACCGAGGGCUGCAUGGACGAUGGCUUCAAGCGAGGCGAAUUCAUUGCCAGCAGCCAAGCAGCGCAAUGUGCAUUGCUGGUGCAGCUCAUCACGUGGGUGAUGCUGGUGGAGAACGAUGCCGCUCCGCCUCUCGAGGAUGGAAAGGAGGACGCUGUCCACGAUGCCUGGCAAGAGAGCCAUCGGCUGCUGCUCAAGCUCAUUGAGCCUGAGAGAUGUUUGAGCGCUUUUCCUUUGCCCAAAGCCGCAAAACAGCCGGAGAUGUUUUGUGGGGGACGGAUGGAGGAGAAGACCAUGACCAACCUCGACAAGCCGACGAGGCAGAAGAUCAUGUGCGCCAUCACGCUGGACGCCCACAAUCGAGAUGUGCAAGAGCGUCUGGUGCAAGAAAAGGUGAGUAGCAAGGAUGCCUUCCAGUGGCAGAGCAUGUUGAAGUGCUACUGGAAAGAGGAUGUUGAUGAUGCAUCCAUGGAAAUUGCUGAUGCGAAGUUGCUCUACGGCUACGAGUAUUUGGGCAACGGGCCGCGUUUGGUGGUCACCCCACUGACCGAUCGAAUCUAUGUGACCGCCACGCAGGCAUUGCACUUGUGCAUGGGCUGCGCACCGGCCGGCCCUGCGGGCACUGGAAAGACUGAGAGUACCAAGGAUUUGGCGAACGCCGUGGCCAAGGCGUGCUACGUCAUCAACGCAGCACCAGAGAUGGACUACUUGACCCUGGGCGAUAUCUACAAAGGGCUCUCGGCGAGUGGCUCCUGGGGUUGCUUCGAUGAGUUCAACCGAUUGGUGCCCGAAGUGCUCUCCGUGUGUACCGUCCAGUUCAAGGCGGUGUGUGAUGCCAUCAGGGCCAAGCAGCAGCGCUUCAUGUUGCAGGGUGAUGAGAUCAACCUGAAUCCCCAGGUGGGGUGCUUCAUCACCAUGAACCCCGGUUACUUGGGCCGAUCAGAGCUGCCAGAAGGUCUCAAGGCCCUCUUCCGACCGAUCACUGUGAUGGUGCCCGAUUUCAAGCUCAUCAUGGAGAACAUGUUCAUGGGCGAAGGUUUCACCGAAGCGAAAGCCUUGGGUUUGAAGUUCUCAACGCUCUACGCGUUGAACAAAGACUUGCUGAGCGUCUUGGCCAUGAAUGAGCCGAUGUGGGUCUCGGACUGGGGUAUGCGAGCCAUCAAAUCCGUGUUGGUGGUGGCCGGAGGCUUUAAGCGUGCUGACCCGAGCUUGUCAGAGCAGGCAGUGCUCAUGCGCUCCCUGCGAGACACCAAUGUGGCGAAGAUCGAAGGCGAUGACUUGCGAAUCUUCAUGGCGCUGCUCAAGGAUCUCUUCCCAGGCAUUGAUGUCCCUCGUGCACGAGAUUAUGAGAUGGAGGAAGUUUUGGUGGAUGUAAUGCAGGCGGAUUAUGGCUACACCCACGAUCCUGAUGGCUAUUUGUUGCUGAAGAUCACCCAGCUCAUCGAGUUGCUGGGUAUUCGCCACUGUGUCUUCUUGAUGGGCAAUCCUGGAAGCUUCAAGUCCGCGAUGUGGAAGGUCUUGAAGAACGCCAAGACCCGUCGUGGUGAGAAGACCACCACUGUGGACUUCAGUCCGAAGGCCAUCUCCACCAACGAGCUGUAUGGCUUCGUCAACAUGCAGACACGCGAGUGGAAGGAUGGCAUCAUCUCCAAGGUGAUGCGUGACUUGGGCCAGGUCCCUGACACACAUCCCAAGUGGAUCAUGUUGGAUGGUGACUUGGAUGCCAACUGGAUCGAAUCCAUGAACAGCGUCAUGGACGACAACCGUUUGCUGACUUUGCCAUCCAACGAGCGAAUUCCACUCAAGGUGCACAUGAAGAUGAUCUUCGAGAUCCGGGACCUCAACUAUGCCACCCCGGCGACCGCCACACGCGCGGGCAUCGUGUGUCCGGCCUCCCAGCGUUUCGGAGGUAUGGACGAUACCUUCGGUGUGCAGUGGCGAUCGUAUGUGAAGAGUUGGGUGCAGAAGCAGGAGCAUCCGGACAACAUCAAGGAUCAGCUCUGGAACUUCUUUGAGAAGUGUGGCGCUAGCACCACACAUUGGAUGCUGAAGAACGUGAAAAUCCUGGUGCCCAUGGUGGACAUUUGCCUCAUCAGCGCCUGCUGUAGCUUGUUGGACAACCUUCUGACUCCCGCGACCUAUGACUCCUUGGAGUAUUGGUUCAUGUUCUGCUUUACUGCAGCCUGUGGUCUUUGCUUGGCUGAAGUCGAUGGCGUUGACUAUCGAAAGAACUUCAGCAAUUGGUGGAAGGGUGAGAUGAAGACUGUGAAGUAUCCUUCGAAGGGCGGCAUCUUCGACUACUAUGUGAAAGAUGCCAAGUUUGAGGAAUGGUCCACGGCAGUGGAGACCUUGGAAUACUCCAGCGAGACGCCCAUGGGCGAGAUCACCGUGCCCACGAAUGAGACGGUGGCCAUGACCUUCCUCAUGAGGGCGCUCAUCGAGCAGCAUCAUCCAGUGAUGCUCAUUGGACUGGCCGGAUGUGGCAAGACGCAGAGUUGUCUCGGUUUGCUGAAAUCCUUGCCGCCAGAUGUCUUCACCUUCUAUGCCAUGAACAUGAGCUACUACACGGACUCGACUCUUCUUCAGACGAUGAUGGAGAAUCCACUGGAGAAGAAGGCGGGAAAGCUUUAUGCUCCGCCUGGAAAGCUGCAGCUGAUCUAUUUUGUUGAUGACUUGAACAUGCCUGCCCUGGACAAGUACAAUACACAAUCUGCGAUUGAGCUCAUGAAGCAGAAGCAAGACUAUGGUCAUUGGUAUGACCGGCAGAAGAUUUUGAUCAAGGACAUCGGCAACACUCAGUACCUCUGCUGUAUGAAUCCCACUGCGGGGUCUUUCAUCGUGAACCAACGCUUGCAGCGUCACUUCUGGACUUGCGCGGUUCCGUUCCCCGAGCAGUCGGCGCUGCUGACGAUCUAUUCGACCUUCAUGAAGGGUCACUUCGAGCGCUUGCCCUUCAAGGGACCUGUCCAGGAGCAAGUCUCAGGUAUCAUCAAGGCAGCCCUAAGUCUUCACUCCAUGGUGGUCAGCAGCUUCCGAAAGACGGCCAGCAACUUCCAUUACGAGUUCAACAUCCGCCACAUGAGUGGCGUCUUCAGCGGCUUGCUGCAAGCGAAGCCUGGGGAGUUCGCGGACGCCGAGAAGGUGGUUCUGCUGUGGAUCCACGAGAGUGAAAGAAUCUAUGGCGAUCGAUUGGUGAGCCCGACAGACCUGAAAAAGUACCGUGCUUUGGCGGCGGACUUGAGCAAGAAGAUGUUUGGAGCCUUGGGUGUUGGAAAGUUCAACUUUGCCAAGUACUUCCAGGAGAAGAAUCCGGAACCAUUGGUCUUUGCCCCAUUCUCCAAGGGCAUCCAAGAAAUGGAUGGUGGAGGCUUUUACGACAAGAUCCCCAGCACCGAGCGCCUUUCAGCCCUUCUGGGCGAAGCCUUGCGCGAGUACAACGAGAACAACGCUGCAAUGGACUUGGUGCUCUUCAAUGACGCCAUGUGCCAUGUGGGAAAGAUUUGCCGCAUCAUCACCAGUACACCGGGACAUCCUUUGCUGGUGGGUGUGGGUGGCAGCGGCCGACAGAGCUUGUCGCGGCUCUCCUCAUAUACCUGCCUCUACUCCACGACGAUGAUCGUCAUCAGUGGCAAUUACGGCAUGAAUGACCUGAAGGGUGACUUGCAGGCCAUGUACAUGAGGGCUGGCGUGAAGGAUGAAGGCGUCUUGUUCCUCUUCACAGAUGGACAGAUCACCAACGAGAAGUUCUUGGUCUUCAUCAACGAUCUCUUGGCCUCAGGUGAUAUUGCCGACCUCUACGCCUCCGAUGAGAAGGACGCGAUCCGCAAUGGCGUGCGCAGCGGAUGCAAGGGUGCCGGCAUUCAGGAUACCCCUGAGAAUCUUUGGAGCUUCUUCAUUUCUCGCAUUCGCAAGAACCUCCACAUGUCCCUUUGCUUCUCCCCGGUGGGUGACGCCAUGCGGAACCGUGCGAGGAAGUUCCCAGCGCUGGUGAAUUGUACCGUCAUCGAUUGGUUCCAGCCGUGGCCCAUGGAUGCUUUGUACAACGUGGGCGCCAAGUUCUUGGAACCCAUCGAGCAGUUGGGACCCCAGGACAGUCCCGUGCGAAAUGGCAUCAUGGACUUCUUGCCCUUCAGCUUCGAAGCUGCAGGACAAGUGGCACAGAAUUUCAUGACGGUGCAGAGGCGCUUUGCCUACACGACACCAAAGAGUUUCCUAGAGCUCAUCAAGCUGUACACCAGCAUGGUGGGCCAGAAGGUCGAUGCACUGGAGGACCAGAAGGAUCGCCUCACCAGCGGACUGGAGAAGCUUCGUGCGACCUCCGAGCAGGUGGCCGGUCUGGAAGAAGAGCUGAAGGAGAAGGCCGUGGUGGUCGCCGAGAAGGCCGCCGCGGCGGAUGUCUUCGCCACAGAGGUCGGCGAAAAGAAGGCCACGGUGCAGGAGGAAAGCGCCAAGGCGGCCGUUGAAGCCGAAAAGUGCGCGAAGAUUGCCAAGGAUGUCUCCAUUCAGCAGGCAGAUUGUGAGAAGGAUUUGGCCGCAGCCAUCCCUCUGGUGGAGCAAGCCGAGAAAGCCCUGGAUGUGCUGGACAAGAAGGACUUCCAAGAGUUGAAGGCCUUGGCGAAGCCACCAGGUGGAGUGGACUUGGUCUUGGAGGCUGCCAUGCACCUGCAGGCGCGGGUGUCGCUGGCGUGCGCCCACCUGCGCUCGUCAGGCGGUCGAUCGAAGGAAUUCGUGUCAGGGUGAUGCUUUUGGUGGAAUCGGCAAGUUGGAUUGCAGCGC